CGGUGGUGGACGGUUGAGAUGAGGGGAUUGGAGGGUUGCAGCGGUCGGCAUGGUGGGAGGAGAUCCAUUGGCAAUUUCCCCUGCUCGUGUGGAAAUUUGGAAAACGACGCUUUACAGGAAACCUUCUCUUCUAAUAUCGCAUGCAGCACGUCCUCCUGCCCCGUCAUCCACCGUCUCACGCCCACCUGUAUCGCCGGAGAUCCCGUUGGAUUUCCACGCCGGGAUCCCUCGAAGACGACCCUCUCCGGGAUCCGGCCCGUGAAGCGGUCGGUUGAAGCUGCAAAGGGAGAUUAUUGAAACAUGAAUGUGGCAGGGAACCUGGGUUUUCUUAAUACCUCAUCUCAUGAAAGAUGUGAAAGCUACAUUGUUUUCCAUGCUGAAACUUCACUUUCAAAUGGAAUACGAGCAUUCUUGUAUUUUGUCGCUCUUGCCUACUGCUUCAUUGGGUUGUCAUCUAUAACUGCUCGUUUUUUCAAAUCGAUGGAGAAUAUUGUUAAGCAUACACGUCAGAUUGUGGAAAUAGAUCCUUCAACAGGCACUGAGUUGAUUAAGUAUGAAAAAGUUUGGAAUUACACUAUAGCAGACAUCACUUUAUUGGCAUUUGGAACAAGCUUUCCGCAGAUCUCUUUAGCAAUAAUCGAUUCAAUCCAAAAUAUUGGUCAGUUGAAUGCUGGAGGUUUAGGGCCAGGCACACUUGUUGGUUCUGCUGCAUUUGAUCUAUUUCCUAUCCAUGCUGUUUGUGUGGUAGUUCCAAAAGCAGGUACUUUGAAAAAGAUAUCAGAUAUAGGAGUUUGGCUAGUCGAGCUGUUCUGGUCAUUUUGGGCAUAUGUUUGGCUCUACAUAAUUUUAGAGGUUUGGACACCUACGAUGAUCACUCUUUCUGAGGCUGUGCUAACAGUCUUACAGUUUGGGUUGCUACUGGUUCAUGCAUAUGUUCAAGACAAACAAUGGCCAUAUUUGUCGAUUCCAUUUGGAAGAAGUGAUAGGCCAGAAGAAUGGGUCCCAGAAAAUGAAACUUUAUUUAUCAAUGGGCAUGACACACGUGAAUCAAAUGAUAAUUGCUGUGAGAUUCUUCAAGUUAGCGAAGGUCAACAGAGUAAUGUGGUUGAUAUAUUCUCCAUCCAUUCAUCUAAGGACACAGAUUUAGUCUACAAAAUUAUUCCAGAUAAUGAUACGGAAGAACCUUCAGAACUAUAUUGCAACAAGAUGGUUGACAAUAAACGGGAUGUCCUUUCAGUUUGGAUGCAACAAUUUCUUGAUGCACUGAGGUUGGAGAGCACUGAAUCAAAGAAAAUGGUCAGUUUCUACUUGUGGAUAGGGAGAGUCCUUUGGAAAUUAAUCCUCAUGCCCUGGAGAUUAUUAUUUGCUUUUGUGCCCCCAUAUCAAAUUGCUCAUGGUUGGAUAGCAUUCAUUGGCUCUCUUUCUUUUAUAAGUGGGAUAGCCUAUGUGGUUACCAAGCUUACAGAAGGAAUAAGUUGUGUGACAGGAAUAAAUCCUUAUGUCAUAGCUUUUACAGCACUAGCCAGUGGAACCUCAUGGCCUGAUUUAGUUGCAAGCAAGAUUGCUGCUGAGCGUCAAAUCACUGCAGAUUCUGCCAUUGCUAACAUCAUUUGCAGCAACUCGGUGAACAUAUAUAUUGGCAUUGGCAUUCCAUGGCUGAUAGACACAACUUACAACUUCUUUGUGUACCAAGAACCAUUGUACAUUCAGAACGCAGGAGGCCUAAGCUUCUCCCUGUUGGUAUUCUUCACAACUUCAGCUGGUUGCAUUGCUGUUCUUUUACUUCGACGAAUUACCUUAGGUGCAGAACUCGGUGGACCAAAGUUAUGGGCUUGGUUGACAGCCACAUACUUCAUGUUUCUAUGGCUUGUUUUUGUUGUUUUGUCAUCGCUUAAAGUGUCUGGAAAAAUCUAAACAGAACCAAUGCUGGAGUUUAUGGCUUAUUAGAUUCUCAGGUUUAUACCCUUUCUCGGCUGCUACAGACGCACACGAUUAUGAGAGUUCAUGGGUUCAUAGUAUCUUGGAUUUAUACCCUUGUUAUCUUCUUCUUUGGUUGGCGGGGUAUUAUACAGACAAAGACGUUAGAGUUUUUUUGGUGUUGAAUUCCAGGUAUCUUUCUUCUCAUUGGGUUGCUGCAUCGAACAGAUAAGAUACUGAAGUUUAUACGAUAUUGGAUCUCAGAUAUUUUUCUUUCUUGUCAGGCUAUAGUGUUGAUGCUCGAUGAAUGACUGUAAAUUUACGGGAUGUCAUCUUUGUUCUUCUUUUUAGCAUUUUUGGGGGUAGUUCAUACAUGGUCUUGUAUUCGGAUAUAUAUAUAUAUAUAUAUAUAUAUAUACAUAUAUAUAUAUUAAAUCUCUGAAUUAAUUCAUCUCAAUAUGUAGCUUGAUGUUUCUUAAGAGUUCCAUUUUUUGUCUGAGUGUUUUUAUUUUCUUUUUGAGCUUUGAUCCUUGUCACUCCGAACAUGUGUAAACCCGGGUAUUCUGUAUUUUCCUUUAUUUUCACCUUGUACAAUAUAAAACGAUUCAUAUUUAUCUUUCUUAAUCAAGUAUUCUAUUAUUUCAUAUGACUGCAUCCACAAGGAUGUAUGCAUUUUUCCUGUGGUAUACACGAUGAUGAUCUUAAAUCACGCGAAUGUCCACUCAUUUUAUUAAAAUAAAUAAUUUCCAAUGGAACCCACACUACAGCGCGUGGACCAGGGCCGUUGGAAGCUAUGGCGUGGGACUCGAGGGUGGUACACCCAAUAAAGAAAGCGGUUUCCCGAUCCGAUAAUGGACGGUUACGAUGUGGGGAUUCGAGGGUCCGCGAUGGUCGGCAAAGGCGGUGGCGAUCCUUUCAUGUCGUCCUGCUUCUUCCCCACCAACAUCAUCGCCGGAUAUCCAGUCGGACCGCGCUGCGUCACGCCGCGCCGCCUCGCGGGAUCCGACCCGCAACCGGAAUCGAACGCCAACUGAGGCGAGCAACUGCGACGAGUGAGAUGUGUUUCACGUUGCAGAUAUCCUGGUGAUCCCGCGUAGCGUUUUGUUUCUUCACUCUUUUAUCCGUAGAUCAUUCGAUCGAUUUGAUGGUUCGGUGAAGAAUCGAAGGAAUCUCACCCUGGACCUCUAUCAAGGAUACUGGCUGUGGAAUCAGUCCUCAAGAUUUACCACACAUCUUUACUAAGUUUGCACACUCCCGCAACAGUGCAAACAAAGCCUCCAAUGGCAGUGGGCUCGGCCUUGCUAUUUGUAGGAGGUUUGUGAGCCUCAUGGAAGGACAGAUCUGGCUUGAAAGUGAAGGCAUAGGGAAAGGUUGCACUGCCACAUUCAUCGUCAAACUUGGUAUUUGUGAUCCAAGCGGAAAUCUGCAACAAAUUUUACAGACUACACCAAGUCAUGGAGAUGCAAAUCUUCCCGGCCCAAGAGCUAAAUUCGAUGAUGAGAAUGGGAAAUUUACUCCUAUGAUGCGUUACCAAAGAAGUGUAUAAUUUAUACGGUUGGAUUCAUCUACCUACCUGCAGCAUUUAUGGCCUGAAGGCUCUGAUUGGUGAAACCAAUUUUGUGAUGGUUCAAGGCUGUCUCUUUGGUGUUCAGCGAGGUGGUUUAAUUAAUUUGCAACCGGGACAAGUUUGUGGCUUACCUACGUGGAGUAUGUGAUCUUUGCUGAUAUAACGAGUUCAAAUUAGUUGGUGUAAAGAAAUAGUUGUUGUUUCCACACUUAUUUUAUCUGGCUGAUGAGCCGAGUUUGAUGUGCAACUAGAUGAUCUUUUGGCUUCAAACUUUGUAUGAUAUUCUCCGAACGGCGACCCUACGUUUUCAGUACUUUUGUUCUGAACGGUUGCUAGGUUCUCAAUCUGCUGCUUACGGUUCAGUGUCAAUAUGACUACACUAUGAUUAUGUGUUUGCGAUUGCAA